GCAAGCAACAUGUCAUUUGCCAGUCUGUCCAGCGGAAAGGUGGCCCUAUCGUCGUUGGGUGUGUUGACUGCAGGAGGGGCAGAAUUGCUCUGAUGCUUCACCAGUCUGUGAAAGCCUCAGAUCUGGAGCUUCACCCACCAUCUUACCCAUGUACUCACAGUGGCAUGCUGUCAUCUCUUGAUCAUGCCAGGUUAAUUCACCUCCUUUAUGUUAUUAUCACUCAUGUGAGGGGAUGUUUAAAUGGCUCCCUGAGAAACACGUUGAGGUUACACAAUUCUCUCUCAUGCCUCUGUUGUUUUGUCUCACAGUAUCCGACUUGGAUAUCAGGUGUACAAGCAGGUGUGUUCUGCCUGUCAUAGUAUGGAAUACCUGGCCUUCCGAAACCUUGUAGGAGUCUCGCACACAGAGGCUGAAGUCAAGGUGCAUGCUGAAGAGGUGAGAGCAACUGACUUGUGUUACUAAAGCAUACAUUCCAAAAUAGAGCAAUCAGCUGUUUUUAUAACAAUUACUAAUGAGACUCUUCUCUUUGUCAUACUAGGAUAUCACACACCUGUACAAAAUCACUAGAUAUGCACUGUGCAUGUUCAACGGCAACCAUUUUUCCUAAUGACAUCGCUCCACAGGCACCUCAGCCACUAUGAGCCAGGUGGCCAAAGAUGUCUGCACCUUCCUGAGGUGGACAACGGAACCUGAGCACGAUCAGAGGAAGCGAAUGGGACUGAAAGUGUGUGGCUCUCAAUUAUAGUUCUCUAAACUGCCUACUUUGUUGGGCAACUAGGUCAUAAUAAUUUGUAUCUAAUGCCGUUGAUACUUGUGAUGGAUGCCAAUGACGGUAUGUUUUCUUUUUCUCUACAGCUACUCAUGUGGUCUGCAAUCUUGGUACCAUUGGUCUAUUACAUGAAGAGACACAGGUGCUCAGUUUUGAAGAGCCGGAAGAUAGAUAGCAUACAGACCACCAAAAUAAGACAACACAACUUCAUCCACUGCUUUCAAUCACUA